ACUUCCGGUAAUGUACGUAAGUAAAUGAAACGACUACUGUCACUGUAUACUUUUGGCGGGAAAGACAAAUCGAUAUCCUGGCUAUUGGAGUAAUUUUAGCCUAACCUAUUUAAACUAUAGGCGUUUAAAGACAACAGAGAGCAACAUAUUACAAAUUAGUCCUUGAGGAAAGGUACCAUUUCUAUAAUUUGAGCGUCUGCUGUAAGAGUUGAGGUUAAAUGUUAGUGUAUAUUCAUCUCGUUAGCUUGGUUAAUUAAUAGUUAGCAUUAGUGAUACCUCAGCAACAGAAAAGGAGAAAAUGGCAGCUGGGAAGAUGUGUAUAAGGAACAGCAAGGAGGAAACUGCUGAGAAGUGGACAGGGUUAUUCUUGAAUGACUUGAAAACAGAACAGGAGUCCGUCGUCUUCGUCAAGAGGAUGAUUGCGGUGGCAAUCUCCUCCAUCACCUACCUCAGAGGGAUUUUUCCAGAGGACGCCUACAGGUCCAGAUAUCUGGAAGAUUUGUGCAUCAAAGUUUUGCGUGACGACAGCAACACCCCUGGUAGCAGCAAAGUUGUAAAAUGGAUGAUGGGUUGCUUUGAUGCAUUAGAGAAGCAGUAUCUUCAGAUUGUAUUCAUUGGGGUGUAUACCAAUCAAGAUGAACCUAAUUGCCUUAUUGAGUCGUACCAGUUCAAAUUUAAAUACACUGAGAAGGGGCCAGAGAUGGACAUAUGCAGGAACAACGAUGUGGAGAUGCAGGUGACAUUAGAGGACACCAAGAGAGCCUCAGUGCUUCUCAUUAGGAAGCUCUUCGUGCUCAUGCAGACCCUGGAUGCCCUCCCCAACAACGUCUACCUCACCAUGAAGCUCUACUAUUAUGAUGACAUCACCCCGGCCGACUACCAACCACCAGGCUUCAAGGAGGGCGAAUGUGACAGCCUCUGGUUUGAAGGCAUGGCUGUGCACUUCCAAGUGGGCGAGGUGCAGACGGCUUUCCACACCUUGACAGUGCGCGUGUGUUUGGAAAAAAACCGGCUGGAGAAGCUUCAAGAAGGGACCCAAUUGAGAGAGACAAAUCCUACAGAGAAGGAAACCAGCAAGGAGCCUCGUAAGAACACAUACGACGAAGACGAUCUACCUUCUGAAAAUGAGUCUGCUGCACAGUUCAAGAAACCCAAAAGACCCAUGGCAAAGAGAAAUGCAGCUGCCAGAAAUCUGUCAAGGAAGAAAAGAAGAACUUAAUCACGACAUUAAACACAAACAUGAACCAUUUCUUAAUUUCAUUGCAACGUUAAAGACCGUUUAAUGUUAUGUUACAAUAUAUUAGAUAUGACAAUGUUCGACAGGUUCCUAACAAUUAUCUCGACCCAUAAGGCAGGAUGUUACGGUCACAGUUCUAAUUUAAACACUGUACAAAAAGUGUAUAUUACAUGUACAAUCUACAUUAAUUAAAUCAAUACAAUGUUUACAGUGCCUAAUUAGUUUUGUAUUCUAUGUGUAUAAAAAUAUAUUGAUGUGUAUUGUUGAAGAAAUAAAGCUUGACUUGUAAACAUUUUUGUUCUUCGGUACAACUUUGUAAAAUGAUUAUUCUG